AUGAAAAAUGAAACUGGCGAAGGACAUUGGUAUCCACUACCACCACCACCACCACCACCACCAAUAUCACCAGUGUACGGUGAAAUGUCACCAUUUUCCUAUCCAUAUGGUUAUCAACAACCUUCAACAGGCUAUUAUCCCUAUACAUCUUGUUAUCCAUCAGUAUCAUGCGAUAAAGUAACACCAGUUCCGCUUGAUCAAUUUUAUUGCUCAGCACAUGGAUCAUUUGCGUUGGGAACAGUUGUGAAAUUAUUUCUUUCCGCAGGAAAUCCACCAAACAAACUAAUGCGAGAAUUUUGCCGAUUUACCGCGACCUCUAGCGAAACUUCCUGUAGUACUUGCUGCAAGAUUGCUGCACGACACUACACUACCUCAGCUGAUGAAGUAAGCGGCAUAAUAUUUACGUUCGAUCCAAACAUGCCACCUGUACAGACCCAUCCCAAACCCCAAUAUACAUCACUUCUUCGAAAAAAAAGGGCCAUAAAAAUUACUACUCCGACUGAAACAAAUCCUAAAUCAUCCAUCAAGAUGCAAAAUGCAGUUAGCUUAGCAAUAUCGCCUGGCCUAACACCUAUUGGUAGCAGCAUAACACCAUCGAACGAUGUACCACAAUGCUUUUGUUGUGCACCGAUGAGAUCCAUCCAUCCAUUUUGA